AGCACGUGUAGGGAGGCGCAUUGGGUAUCUCCAUCGCCGGGGCUGCGCCGCAGUCGGAGCGCUGUCACUCUAGCGGAGCACGGCUCCGUCUGCCGCCAGCCUUUGCCUAAUUGCGUCCCGAGAAUAAUCCUUACAUGCAUCGCAUUGUGCGCCACUGCAGUGAAGGGAAAAGCAGCAUCACUUCUGACAGCAGUUAUCGGAGCAGGUAUCCUUGCGUAUCUCUUCUCCUCUACUAAGGACUACAGGACCGAUUUGGGGAAUACUUUCGGGAUCAUCAGCGGCAAGUUUCCCCCCUCCCCCCACUGUUAGUUUGUUUGCUUUAUUUUUUAUUUUUUUUAACCCCUUCACGGAAGCGAGGAACUGGCACCUGCUGUUUAAUGAAAGAAUGGGACCCCUAUUCGCUUUUCUCAUCCUCUGCAUAAACGCUGCCGUCCCGCAGCAAGCCCAAGGGGAGGUGUGCGAGCCGAGCCGAUGCGAGAGCGGCGCUGCCUGCCUUUCGGCGCAGGCUGACGAAUCGUUUGCAUCAGCAGAUGGGGAAGAUCCUACUUCAGCAGGUCCAUGCCAACCAAACCCCUGUCACAAUGGAGGAGUAUGUGAAAUAAGCGAGACCUACAGAGGAGACACCUUUAUUGGAUAUGUGUGCAACUGUCCACUUGGCUUCAAUGGAGUCCACUGUCAACACAAUGUGAACGAGUGCGAGAGACACCCUUGUAAAAAUGGUGGGAUUUGUACGGAUUUGGUUGCCAACUACUCCUGCGAGUGUCCUGGGGAAUACAUGGGAAGGAAUUGUCAAUACAAAUGCUCUGGCCCGCUUGGAAUGGAAGGUGGGGUCAUCUCUAACCAGCAGAUCACAGCAUCCUCUACGCACCGAGCCCUCUUUGGCCUGCAGAAGUGGUACCCGUACUUUGCCAGACUCAAUAAGAAGGGCUUGGUGAACGCCUGGAGUGCAGCAGAGAACGACAGAUGGCCCUGGAUCCAGAUAAACCUGCAGAGAAGGAUGAGGGUCACCGGCCUGAUAACACAGGGAGCCAAACGGAUCGGCAGCCCAGAAUACGUCAAGUCGUACAAGGUGGCUUUCAGCGAUGACGGCAAGACAUGGAACAUGUAUAAAGUCAAGGGCACGGAUGAGGACAUGAUCUUCCGCGGAAACAUCGAUAACAACACGCCGUCUGCUAACUCCUUCACUCCGCCCAUCGAAGCCCAGUACGUACGGAUUUACCCGCAGGUCUGCAGACGCCACUGCACCCUGAGGAUGGAGCUGCUGGGCUGUGAGCUUACAGGCUGCUCGGAGCCACUGGGGAUGAAGACAGGCCACAUCCAGGAUUAUCAAAUCUCGUCGUCCAGUGUCUUUCAGACCCUCAACAUGGACAUGUUCUCCUGGGAGCCAGGCAAGGCCAGACUGGACAAACAGGGCAAAGUGAAUGCGUGGACAUCGGGCCAUAAUGACCAGUCACAGUGGCUGCAGAUUGAUCUGCUCAUUCCUACGAAAGUCACUGGCAUCAUCAGCCAAGGAGCCAAAGACUUUGGGCAUGUCCAGUUCGUGGGCUCAUACAAGCUGGCAUUCAGCAACGAUGGAGAGAGAUGGACUGUAUAUCAGGACGAAAAGCAGAAGAAGGAUAAGAUUUUCCAAGGGAACUUCGACAACGAGACGCAUAGAAAGAAUGUGAUCGAGCCGCCCAUCUCCGCCCGUUUCCUGCGGAUUCUUCCGUGGUCGUGGUACGGGCGGAUCACCUUGCGGGUCGAGUUGCUGGGGUGCACGGAAGAAGACUAAACAACUACCCCCCCCCCCCCCACCCUCUCCCCAUCCCUGUGGUGUACUGGAAUAUCAAAUAUUGAAUAUCAAUCCAGUAUCUUAACAUAAACUUUGUGAAACCUGUAAAAAUAAUAUAUUUACACUGGGUUUUUAAGAACAAGUGUCAUGGCUCACAGGAGUUUGUGUUUUGUAUAAUGAUCUAAAUCUCUUCUGGGCAAGAUUUUUUUUGUUCAAAUUGCCUUUUAUGAUUUUUAAGAUAUCGCUUGCCCUUCUGUGUUUUGCUUCGUCUAUGGAAUGUUAUUUGUUUUGACAAAAUUUUUCACACUGUGGUACACGCAUUAUCAUAGCUACAGUGCUGUUGUUGUUAUUAUUAUUAUUAUUAUUAUUUAUUUUAUUUAUUUUUUAAUGAAAAAAAACAGACCCUUUCUAAUAUGCCUCUUUUGGGUGUAUAACCUUUGACUGUUGUUCAAAACAAAUAAAUAAAUAACAACUGUUUAAAUACUGUCAUAAAAAAAUGUAACCACUAAAUUUGAUGUACGAUCGGUUUAUGAUUUUUAUUUGACUCUGAACAAACAUAAAUGUCUGGGGUUUAAGGAAGAAUCAUUGUAAGAUAUUUCAAGACAAUUUUAGACUAAAUUGCAUGCCAUACAGUUUACGGUAAUAAAUGCAUAUAAACAAGACACAAAUCAGUUUACAAUUUAUUUUAUUUCAGUAUUUUCGUUUAAGGAUAAAUUUUGUGUGGAUUUCCCUUGCUUCUGAUUAUUACUGCAAAAGUUUCACCGAAUUUACCCACACAAAAACGCCGAUUCAUUUAAUUAACAAUGGAUUGAAAAAAAACGGGGUACUGACAGGAAUGGAUCUGAUUUCUCACAUAUUGUUAUCUUUAUUUUUUAAUUUAUUUAUUUCACGAUCUUUUUCUUUGUAUUCCCAUUCUCUGACUGCACUUUAUUCGUCUUGGAAAAUCACUUUUUAUGCCCUGCCAUGAAAUUCUUUAUCGACUAUAAAUGUAACUUGUCCUUUCAACUGUCUUUGUGGAUCCAAAAUGUUUUGUUGAGCAGAAAAUUACACACCCUUUGCCCAGAGUUACAAAUCAUAACCCCAACAGGAAACCAUCUGUUGCUCUAAGCAAUUAAAAUUAAAAGUAGGAUUCCAGUUAACAGCAUUAUAAUUUAUGAUUCUAUGAUUCUAUUACAUGAACCAACUAUCUGGUAAUAGUGAAAAAUGUAGCAUUUUAUGCUACUUCAUAUGUUUAAUCAAACAUAUGCUAUUUUGAUGUCCCUGAGAAAUAUAAAUAAGCUGAAAAAUGACAAAGUAACAGUCGUGCCUCUUCUGAUAUCCAUGGUGGCCAGCUUGGGUUUACCGUAUUACAGCUCAGCUAGCUGCUCUUCGAACUUAAACCGUAUUUAAAUAGUCAAUAGUCAGGCUAGUCAAGUAACUCAAAUUUUAGUUCUUUGUGAGCGUUUUCUGUGUCUAAACAUAAUAUUUAAAUGAGAGAUAAUAAAAAAUUCAAAGCAAUCUUUAUAUGAAAGAGACGUUGGAGAAAUUGGAUUGAGUGAAACCAAAGAUGGACGGUGUAUUAUUAAUACAUUAUGUUCUACGCAUUAUGCUACAUGACAGCUCAAUAAACUUUACUAACCACACAUGAAGUCAAGUAGCUUCAUGUAACAGGUUAUCUCUCACUAUCCUUUAGAUGAUUCCAUAGAAACAGAAGUUCGACAAGUCAAUCGCCACCUUAAAUCCAAUAAUACCUGUAGAAAAAAAUAUUGAUUGUAGUACACAUAAAAGUACCAUUUGCACAUAUUGAGAGGUAUAUAAUUAGUUUUCCCUCUUUAGAAAAGGCAAAGCAUUUUCAUUGAUUGUUAAUAAAUAUAAACAUUGACAUAUCCUUUGACCAAAUCUGUUUCAGUUUGUCUCGAUACCAUAUUCUGUCAGGAAUAGUAUUAAAAAUAUAUAUUAUGCCAUUUCUAAAGUAACUGUUGAGGGCUAUAAAAUAGUUUUUCAUGUCAUUUAUUUUGUUUUUCUGACAUUGCAGUGUCAAUUAAUGAAUUUUCAGGCUUUGGAAAAUGUAUGCAUGAAGUCAUGACCCAGCAAUGAGAUUUAAAAAUAUAUAUAUAUGUCCACAGGCACAUGAUUCGUAGUAUAUUUCCAUUCAGUCCAGUGUGGUUUUGAAUAGAUCCCAGUCUUUCGGUAUGUGUGCUGUUACAUAGUAAUUGUCGUGAGAAGGUCCUUCUCUUUUGAAGCAAAGGAGGGCAAAAAGACCAAGGUCAACAUUCCUCCACCCAAUGUCUUUGUUUUCCUCUUUUAUUUCAAGUGCUAACAAGCGAAAUAUUCCGAUGAUAUACCGACUUGUCAAAGGGGUCGAACUUUUCUUGUGUACCAGUACGUGUUUGCUUCAACAAGAGCUAUCUGUUUUAACAAAUAAAAACUGUCUGUGAAUUA